AUGGCAACUUUCCCCUCUCUUGCUCCCGUCCCGCCCCCAGAGGUCCAACGGGCCAUUCCGUCCCAAGAAUGGGAGCUCUACACAGACGCAUGGGCAUUGCUCCUGGGCAUGCGGAUAGAGGCGUCCGAUGCUGAAUUUGCCAAUCUUGCCCCCAAAGAUGAAUCUGCUGUUUCAUUCUUAACAUCCUUCUACCAUCAGCUGGCAGCCCAGCAGCUACCAGGCAUUACGGGCUCCAACGCAAGAACAUUGCGCAAGCUCUGUUUCUUGCUCACAAGGCGAUAUCUUCUAGAUGCGCCUAUCGUACCCCCGGAGCUUCUAGAGUGGAAGUAUCUGGGUAGCAUGUGCGGUUGCUAUCCGUCCAGUGCUGCGCUGAAACGCCUAUUAUCUGAUGCUUGGAGUAAACACCAGGCCAUGAUAACAACUAGUGUCGAGAAGGCAAAGUCUGCUGUAAUAAAGCAUUUGUCACUGCCAAAAUUGAAAGAUGCUCCCGCUCUCAUCUCCGACAUCCGACUUUUAACGUUGCUGGCGUCUGCGCUUCCACCAUGUGGUCAAGUGCUUAUGGCCGGGUCAGACUUCCUCGACACCUUCUCAGAUGCAUACCAAACGCACAAGAGGGGCGACAUCCGCAAGGUUCUCGUGGCCAACAUCUACGUCGGCUUGACUUCUCUACUGAAAGGCCCAACUCCAAAUCUUUCGUUACUCCUGGACCAAUUGUUCAGUCUCAAGGCGACGGCCGGAGUCGGCACGCCAAAGACGACGAACGAGCCCACUCUUUUAUCCGACGUAAUCUGCAGCUCAGACCUCCUAAGCCGUCUGGAGAGGUAUCUCGCUACCAAUCCCCAGAAGCGUGCGCAAGACCUCCUCUCCAGUCUGCGGACAUACCAAACUGAAUCCAGGUCCUUCCACCACCGAUACCAGAAACAAAAGACAAAGCCCGAUAAAGGCAAAAGUCGUGAUUCAGGACUCCCCGCUCCUGAGGAGAUGCACGUCCACAAGAUGUCCCUGGUGACUCAGGUGCAGGAUCUCUUCCCGGACCUGGGCUCCGGCUACGUCGUACGGCUCCUAGAUUUUUACAACGACAACCCAGAGACCGUCGUAGCACAUCUUCUCGACGGCUCCCUCCCUGCAGAACUUCAAGCCCUUGAUAAAUCCGAACAACUCCCCAGAAGCCAGUCAACUAUCCGACACGACCCCAUGCUGCCGCAUCCAACACCCCCAGCAACCCCUUCAACACAAGACCCAAUCCCAUCCCGCAAGAAUGUCUUCGACCGAGACAUCGAUCUGGCCGAGAUCUCCCGCGCAGAGAACGGCACCUCCGCCCAGGGAAAACUGCACUUCGGCCGCGCAAACCAAGACCUCACCGCGGACGUCAUACUCGCAGACCGCAGCCAUCACGCCGCCAACAAAGCGGCGAUCAUGUCUGCGCUGGCGACCUUCGACUCAGACGACGACGAGCGCGACGACACGUAUGACGUCGCCGACGUCGGCGGCACGGUCGACAGCAUCACCGCCAGCGCCGCGGACGCCGACGCAAAGGCCGACCUGCGCGCCCGCAAAGCCCCGGAGUCCUCAGCAGAUAUGGAAGCCGUCCUCUUCCAGACAUACAAGUCAAACCCGGCGCUCUUUGCCCGCGACUCGGCCACGCGCCGCUCGCAGCCCCGCGCGUCCCUGAAGCGGGAGACAGGAAUGACCGACGAAGCGAUUGAAGGAACUGAAGCCCACGGCGUAUCGGAAACCGACGCGGAAGGACGGCGACGAGUCGGAGAGUGA